CUCCUCCUCUGAGUGAUGGCGUGUGUGCAGCAAGUGAGAACCUCCCAGGAGACUCAGCUGGCACCUAACCAGGUUCUCACCGAGCAGCAGUCCCUGGUGGUCAUCAAGAAGCUUCUGGCGAUCGCCUUGUCUGGCAUCACUUACCUGCGGGGCCUUUUCCCCGAGAUGGCCUACGGGAAGAAAUAUGUUGAUGAUCAGAAGGUGAUGAUCCUCAGAGAAGUGCCCAGCUGUCCUGGGGGCUCUCAGAUCGUCCAGUGGAUGCAAGGGUGUUUUGAGGCCAUACAGCACAGAUAUCUCCGGACAGUUAUCAUGUCUAUCUACACUGACCCAGAGAACCCCCAGAAAGUGACUGAGUUUUACCAGUUUAAGAUCCAGUACACAGCAAAAGGAGCUGAGAUGGACUUUGAAAGCAACAACAACAACAAAAUGUCGACGAUGAAAUGUGGCGACACCAAGAAGGCCAGCGUGCUGCUGGUGAGGAAGCUCUACACGCUGAUGCAGAACCUCGGUCCUCUGCCGGAUAACAUCUGCCUCAACAUGAAGCUGUCCUACUACGAGGAUGUCACCCCUCAGGACUACCAGCCCCCGGGCUUCAAGGAGGCUGACGGUGACACCAUGGAGUUCGAGAGGGAGCCGGUCAAACUGAACAUGGGCGAGGUGUCCACCCCCUUCCACACCUUGAAGAUAGACAUGGCCACAGAGAGACAGAGACUGGAGCAGGUGGAGGAGAGUGUUAAUGUGACGGAGAAGUGGGUUCUGAAGAUGGAGGGGGAGGGCGUCCUUUCACAGAGCCAUGUGAUCGAAGACGUGGAGAGACCUGACAACGAGAACACAGACUUGGAUAACAGUGAAAUCCAACUGAGCUGCCAUGAGAAGAUGGAGAGUUGUGAAGAGAUCAUAAAGAUGGACACUCUGGUGAAGAGGACCUCUGACAUGGAGGUGGGAGUGAAGAGGACCAGGAGUGGACGGAUCAUCAAGUCGGCCACGAAGACCAACUUAAUCAUAAACAAGGAGUCGACAGCCAUGAAGAACAAAAUGGUCUCUAAGUUUGAGAUUCCCAGCAGCCAGGAAACCCAGUCCACUGUCACUCCUUCGAGCAAACGCAAAUUCAGUGAGCCCAAGGAACGCUACUGACCCCCCCCCGGCCCACCGCUCGCUCAGCAGCACGGCUGUAUUGAUUUACACUGAUGUUUUUUAAAUUUUGA